AUGGCUGCUCCACCUGCAAUGAUAGAAGAUGUUGAUGAUCUUGACUUAAUUCCAGAUGAAGAGCUGGAGGAAACUUAUCUUGAGAGAAUAAUUGGUCUUAGAGAAAUGUUCCCACGUUCAGCCAGGACGGGAGGAGCCUUUGUGGCCACCACCACCAAAACCUCAUCGCUGUGGCUGUAUCAUUUUAUAAAGAGUGCGAUAUGGAUCACAACUACUUCUGCUAUUAUAAUGGCCCUUCCAGUGGCCAUUGAGAUAACUCAGAUUCAAGCUGCUGAUGACAUGAAGAAGGUGCGGCAGGAGAAAUUGUUUGCUAAAUAG